UAUCGAUAUUGGCAAAGCAAACAACCAAAUUGGAAAAGCUGCAUAAUCAAAUGACCUCUAUGACUAAAUGCUAUCACAAUAUGAAAAUCCCAAAAACUAAAUUGUUCCAUAAAAGUCAAAUUAGACAUAGAAUCCAUAAUAAUAAUAAGGGCCAGCUAAAAAUAAAAAGGGAGGCAUAGAUCUUUAAGAGUUAGAAAAUCAAUUAACCAUUCCAUCCAACUUAAAGUCUAUGAGCGUUCUUAAGUUUGACAUUGGGUACAUUAAUUAGAACAUUUUACCAAACUUUAAAAAAAAUCCCGAAUUGACUAAUUUCUAUAAAAAUCUUGUAAUUUAUAGUAAUAUAUAGGUAUCUGAAUUGCAAAAGCAACUGACUUCGAUUAUUUAAUAAAUUAAAGAUGAGCAAAUUUCAGAAAAUCAAUAUAUCAAAAUGGUGAAUGAUACAUUUUAAUAGGAGUAAAUUAAGUUUAAGACUGCUGCAUCAGCAAUGAAGAAUAGAAUAGGUCUCAGAUGCAAAACAUUGAACUAAGAAUUAGAGAAUUUGAAGGUCCAUAAAUUUGAGAAAAUUUGUUAAGAAUUUGGUUGCGGUCCUGACUUGACAUAGAAAUUUUUGUUUUAAGAAUUUUAAGAAAAGCCUUAUAAAGAAAAAGCUAAGGAACUACUUAUUAGACAUAAGGAAUAUUUAAAUUUAACAUAAUAUUUAAGUAUUCAUAUGAAAGAUGAAAAAAGAGACUUGAUAGAAUUCUUGAUCGGAAAAUUAGAAAAAAGCAAAGCAAUUUAAAAUGAUUUGAAAGAAGGUAAAAAUGUUGAUUAUUCAAAAUUCUUCAUUUCUGAAUUUAAAGAUAUCACUGAAGAUUAAUUUCUUGGGAUUCCUAAGGUAGAAUAUUAGGCAAAAAUUUAAAAUAUGUUGGAUUAAGUGAAUUAAGCAUUAAAAGAAGAAUAACUUUAUUAUAAAGUUGCUUCACUUGCUAAACCUAUGAUAUAAGUCAUUCCUGGUACAAAAUAAAUGCAGAAAGUUAGUCCAGCUGAUAUAUGCAAGCAAUACUUUGCCAGAUAUGAAGAAUUAUAGAAAUACUUGUCAGGUUAAAAGAAUGCAAGUUGGACUCCAUUGCCAAUUUUUAAAAUGGAAUUAGAAAAUAGAGAAAUAUCAACAGUAAACAAAGAUGUUCCAAAUGGUACUUUAAGAAUUCAAUUUAAAAAUUUUGUUCAUGGAGAUAAAAUGCUAUUAUAAUAUGAAAUUACAAUAGGAAAGUAUUCUAUUAUUCAAUACAUAUUAGUUAACCUUAUUAAGGUAAAACUGAGUAAGCAGACAGUACUGGAAGAUUAGGUUACGUUUAAGAUAUCAAUCUAAAGGAUUUUAAAAAUGGCACAAAAGAGAUUCAUUUAAGCGUUAUCGAAAUUAAACUAUUUAAAAAAGGAUGGAUAUCAAAUGACUUAAAAGGAUAAGGGAAAAUUUAAUUAAGUGAUUUGCUUGAUAUGUCUACAAUAGAAGGAGAUCUACUUCUAAAUGAGAAGACAGUAUUACAAUAUUGUAUAAUGUUGAGAGAAUCAUUAAAUAAAAAAAAAAGUGUGGCGACAGCAUAAAUACUUAAAACCUACCCGCAAUUUGAUAAAAAAAAUGGGUUGGAUUAAUACUUAGAAUAAAAAUUAAAAGAAAUACCAAAUGAACCAGUUCCUUAGCAAUAACAAAAGUAAGAAAUUUAAUAACCAUAAUAAUAAUAAAAGUAAUAAUAACAGCAAUAAUAAUAAGAACAAUAAGCUGAAGAAGAUGAAGGCUGUUAAGGUCCAUAAUUAUAACCAGAUUAAUUAAUUGUAUUUAGUAUGAAUUUAAUUAGCUUCUAAAUCAUUAAGAGGAUGAUGAAGAAUAUUAAAAUGUUAAAAAGCUUGGAGAAAAGAUGCCAUAGUUACAAGAAGAAUUGUUGAACCCAGAAAAUCCAUUAAAAGGAAGUGUUUUUUAUUUUUUAGUCUAAUAUUCACCAUUUUUACAAAAUAAGUCAGUUGAAUUAAAAUAAGACCCCUCAUAGCGAUAAUAACAAAGAUUUGUGUAAAAAUUAUGGGAGGAUUGUUAUAGAUAAUAAAACAAAUUAAAAAAUAAAUUAAUGAAUGAUAUGGAGGGCUAUUUUAGCGAUUUGCAAAAGAUUAUAAAAAAGGAUCAGCUAAUGAUAAAACUAUACAAGCAGGCUUAAGCACCUAGUUGGUCUAAGUUUAUAGAAGGAAGAUUAGAAAUAGCAUUACAAGAAGAGAAAGCAAUUUAGGAAUAAUUAUCAGCAGAAUGA